AUGCCUGUCUCCAAGAAAAUGAAGGUCCAACGGGAUCACAAGAAGGCAGAGGCUGCUGGAACGCGCGCGCCUGUUAAGGCAAAUGGAUUACCUGUCAAAGCCCCGAAACCAACAUCUCUUUGCGCAAACUGUCGAAAAGAAAUCGUCAACACCAAUUUGAAACAGUUGGAAGUCCACGCCGAAACCCACGAUCAGAAGCUCUGGCCAAAGGAGAAGUGCUGGCCUAAGGAGUUUCCGGGAACUGCUGCUUAA